CAACACUGUAAAUAGCUCCUUAAAUCUCCACUAUCCAUUUCACAUCAUGAAGCUCUCAAUCACUGCCGCCCUUUCCAUGACCGUUGCCGCCUUGGUUAUGUCCACCGAAGCUGGCCCAAUCAAGAUGCCAAUCGCCGAGUCGGAUGGAGCAAAGAACUCCAUCUCCACCGACGGCACCCAUAUUAAAAUCCCUCCAGUCGCUGAGUCUGCUGACAGUAUCCAUAUCAGGAUCCCUCCAGUCGCUGAAUCUGCUGACAGUAUCCAUAUCAAGAUUCCUCCAAUCCCCAACUCCCAUAUCAAGAUCCCCCCAGUUGCUGAAUCUGCUGACGGCACCCAUAUCAAGAUCCCCCCAGUUGCUGAAUCUGCUGACGGCACCCAUAUCAAGAUCCCUCCAGUCGCUGAGUCUGCUGACAGUAUCCAUAUCAAGAUCCCUCCAGUCGCUGAGUCUGCUGACAGUAUCCAUAUCAAGAUCCCUCCAGUCGCUGAGUCUGCUGAUAGCAUCCAUAUCAAGAUCCCUCCAAUCCCCAACUCUCAUAUCAAGAUCCCCCCAGUUGCUGAAUCUGCUGACGGCACCCAUAUCAAGAUCCCUCCAGUCGCUGAGUCUGCUGACAGUAUCCAUAUCAGGAUCCCUCCAGUCGCUGAGUCUGCUGAUAGCAUCCAUAUCAAGAUCCCUCCAAUUCCCAACUCUCAUAUCAAGAUUCCUCCUCAAAGCAUCACCGAGGCGGAUGGGCCAAAGGACCCCACUUUCACCGACGAUAUUCAUAUUAGAAUUCCCCCAAUCAAGCCUUAAAUGGAGUGAACAAGCAAGGAUACCACUCAUAGAAUGAAGUUAGCCUCAGGGAUAAUUCGAGUCGGCUAGUGAUUGAAAUCACGAACCUCUUACUCUCGAUACUAAAGAGAUGAGGCUAGGAAUAAUAAACAUUGUAAACAUAUACUAUUAUGAACUA